UAAAAUCCAAUAUGCAAAUAUCUGAUAAAACAAUCAAAAAAGUGGCAGGAUGACAACGGGUAUUUAGGUUUCCUUUUUUUUUUCUUUCUUUUUUGUUCAAAGAAAGCACAAUGAAUCCCUCCACUAGCAGUCUGGACUUAGGUUUAAUGAGUCCAAGGUUUCUGCAUCCAUAAUGCAUUUUAAAACAAAAGCACUCAUCUGGAAUCAAAUUUGCUUCAGAUCUUAAGUAGUGUGUGGCAAAGUGCAAAACAGUUCCAGAAACUGGAACCAUCUGAUUUGUAAUUGAAGUCCCUACAAAACAAUGAUCUAAUUAUUAUGUUGAGACUAAGACUCGCUACUACCCACAAAUCAGCAUGUCGGUUCACGUAUUCAGGUGGGAGAGAUAUACUAUCUUUAUAUCUUUAUUAUUAUUAUUUUUGUUGAUAUUUAGCCUCCAGAAUCCAGGUGACCUCAAAGUAAUGAUCAUGUUGAAACAAACCAAAUGGACAGCAGGGUAAUGCUCUGGUAUUGGAUUGCACAAGCAAUUCCAAUAACUGUUUAUUUGUGGCUACAAAAAGCCUGUAUUAGAUUAUAAUACCUACUAAAAAUGACCAAAUGCUUUCUAGAGGCGUAUGAGAUCAGGUUUCCUGCUUAUUUCUGUCAUUACAGCUGGAGCACCACACCUGAAACCUCGAACCCCGAAGCCUUUCAUUUGCAGCAGUAACUUGGGCGGGUCUCGGGGAAGCAGCCAAGCCUGGUGGCUCACAGUGAGUUUGUGUGAUUAGUGGGUAGCGUGUGGGGGCUCUCAUGGCAUCGGCAGACCACCAGUGCGAGCGACACCCCUCAGGUGCCCACUCACACAUCCACCCGCAAUGUCCUGUACACAGCCCUUCAACAGAGGAAGUGAAGAACAGCGGCCUACGCAAGGGCUUGAGCAGACACCGAGACUAUGUGAAGAUCUCUGUACUUGAUGGCAAGGGCAAGCCUCCACCCAUGGAGUGGUGGAAGACGGUGAUUGCGUUCUUGUACGCAGCGUUCAACCUGGUGCUGACCACGGUGAUGAUCACAGUGGUGCACGAGAGAGUCCCAGCGAAAGAGAGCAGCCCACCACUGCCGGAUAAGUUCUUCGACUAUGUGGACCGUGUGAAGUGGGCCUUCACGGUGACCGAGGUGAAUGGGAUGCUACUGGUGGGGAUUUGGUCUAUACAAUGGCUCUUCCAUAGAUACCGAGCCAUCUUGGGCAGGAGGUUCUUCUUCCUAAUGGGCACUUUGUACCUGUAUCGCUGCGUCACCAUGUACAUUACCACGCUGCCCGUGCCUGGCAUGCACAUGUCCUGUGCCCCAAAGCUUUAUGGAGACUCACAAGCAAAACUACAGCGAGUUCUGCAGCUGAUCUAUGGAGCUGGCCUGUCCAUCACCGGUUCCCACAUCAUGUGCGGUGACUUCCUGUACAGUGGCCACACGGUCAUGCUCACCCUCACCUACCUGUUCAUCAAGGAGUACUCCCCCCGGUCGUUCUGGUGGUAUCACCUGCUUUGCUGGCUCCUGGCCGCAGUUGGCGCAGUGUGUAUCCUCGUGGCUCACGAGCACUACAGCGUGGACGUAGUGGUGGCGUACUUCAUCACCUCCCGUCUCUUCUACUGGUAUCACACCAUGGUCAAUGUGCAGGCUCUAAAGUGUUCGCCCAACAACUACCUCACCCACACGUGGUGGAACCCCAUCUUCAACUUCCUGGAGCGUAACGUGCAGUCACAAGUGCCUUGUUCGUUCUGCUGGCCGCUGACCUGGCCUCCAUCCUGCCUGAAGAACCCAUGUAAAAAUUACUCCAUGGUGCAGAGUGUUCGCGAGGAGUGACCGUCAAAUCUUCACCUCCACACUGUUACUUUUCUUUACAAUUACUAUACAAUAUUGGUAUACGUUUAUUUAUGAACACCUGAAAUCUUGCAUAUCAGUAAUACCAAAGACUGAAGGGGUUGUGAGAAAUCAACGGCUCAGGUUUAAUAAUUAUUAAAAAGACACACAAAAAAAAAACCCAACACAACAACAUUAAACCUUUUUUUUUGGGAAACCAUGCACAAUUCAAUAACUUUACCUGUUACCGAUUUUAUUUUUUCCCCAAGUAAAUUAGUAUGCAAACAAAUUAUAAGAAUAAUAUUCUAUGAGUAAUAUUUGUUAACAAA